CUCACGUUGCUGCCAUUCCGAAGGCAUUUGCAGGAGGAAAUGAUCUCCUUGUCCUGGACACACCAGAAAAGCACACAACCCAGUCGUCUGCAGCUGGAUCUCGUCACGGGCAGAUCGCCACACCAAACCUAGUAUCAUCGGACACGGCGGCUGGUACAACCGAUGAUAGGCCAGCGUCUACACCGACAACGCAUGCGACAAGUGGUGAUAGCAAUGCUGCUGCCGUCCAAGCAGGUCGUCUCCUUAUGGAUACACCCCAGUCGUCAGGAGCAUGGGCAGGAGGAUCGGGGUCCACACAGGAGAUUAGGGAAACGUCUUCUGAUGUUGACAUGAGCGUUUUUACACGGCCUACCCCUGAACCAAGUCCUACACCUGGCUCUUCAGCUGAGUCGCAAGGUGGAGAGCGCCCCUUGUCAGCAUCGCCCCAUUCCAAGUCCCAGGAUCAAACGCAUACAGCAUCUUCUCCAGUCUCUCGUCCAUCUUCCACAGCUCCAUCUGAGCCAUUAUCGUCAACAACAAGAGCACCGCAAACUGCGGGCUCUGCAACGAAUGAUCUCAUCGAUGUUCUGAAAUAUUCUGAAGCGGAUGUUCAACGCCAUGUUGAAAAUGCUGUUGCUGAGGCACUGGAGCGCCUGAGAGGGGAGGGAAGUAAGUCAGCUCAAGACAAGAUGGAGAAAAUUGAUGCCCUGACUGCCGAAAAUCGAAAUCUUCAAGAAAAGAUUACUGCUGAUGAUCAGCAACUGCGGGAUCUGCGGAAAGUGCUAGACGAAUACAAUGCAAGCAUGACUGAGAAAACUGAGAAAAGUCAACUGCGAAAGGACACGUUGGAAAAAGAAGUUCAAGAUCUUUCCAGCAACAAUGCAGAGCUGUCAGCUGACAUCAAUUCUCUUGAGAACUCGUUCGCUGAUCUGCACAAUCGGUAUGAGCGGCUGCGAGCUGCUGUCGACACGAUGCGCAAGAACGAGGCCACGCUGACAGACACUGAGAAGUCACUUCGUCAGAGUUUAGAGAAGGCAGGAGAGACCAAUCAGCAUCUGAAGGAGCAUGCAGCAGAGCAAAUCAACCAGGCCAACAUCAAGAUGCAGAAAAUUGUGAACGAUCACCGGAGCGAGGUAGCUGUGCUUACAGCUAACAUGAAAACGCUCCAGGUUAAGGCAGACAGCUUGGACAGAUCGCUCAAACAAAAGGAGGAAGAGAACAAGGAGCUCUCUACAAUAUGUGAAGAUAUGAUGAAGCAGAUGAGGCAGUAACAUGGCGUGAUGCAUUUACUUCUUCUCGUUUACGUGCUGCUGCUGCUGCUGCUGCUGCUUUCAUUGAGUGUCACUGUGUGCUUGUCUAUGACCAUAUUUCCAUGAUCACAAUGCGUUGUGGCCCACGCAAACGGAAUAUAUGAUCACUGUUCUCCCCCUACGGCCUUGGGGAUAGCUUCCCUAUGCUUUAUGCUGUGACAUUGGAAUGUUUUAUAUCGUGCUUAAUCCUGGAUAUCAGUUUCUCACAUUUGAUUUGGUCAUUUUAACCCUUUAACCGUCAUAUAAAUUUCACCCAUUGAAACGCCGAACGAAAUUUCAACUUUGCCAGGUCAUAACUUUAGUUGUACUCACUCGAUUUUUAUAAUCUUGGGCUCGUUGGAAAGCUCUGGACGAGACCAGCACGAUAAUACCACAUUCUUCGCCUCAGCAGUCACACAACCAGCGCUGGAACGCAGCGACGUCGUCUCAACGCCAGGCAUGCAAAUGACAAGUUCAAAACUCCGCCAUGGCCGUCUCCUUCAUCGUAGAGUGUUCAAAUUUUUUUGAGGAGAUCGAGCAUUUCGUGAGGAAUACGUUGGUCGCGAGCAACAGUCACAGAGCGCGUGAAGAAACGGGGAAAUCCCGUGACGACGUCAGCCGCGCGCCCAGCGCAGCGGAAGUGACAAGCGUGCAGUACUCAGCGCUUGAUAACUCUGCUCCACUACAUCGUAGCUCAACGCGGAUUUCUGCAACAGAAAGCCUGGAAAAUUCGCGACCGAAUCGAUAGUAAAUUUUCUAUCGUGGGUAAAAAACAUUCCAGUGCGAGUAUUUCAAAUGAUGGGUCGAAUUCGACCCACAAAUGUAUGGUCUGACGGUUAAAGGGUUAAUAGCACGUGUCUUUGCCUGCACCCGGACAUUAGUUUUCUCUAAUUGGUUUUAUUCUCAGCAAAGUUUCUCCUGGGCAGGACCUCUUUGACAUAGUAUUGCAUGUGUGCAUGCCACGAAUGCUUUGCUGUGUAGAUUCAGCUGGUUCUGCUCAUCGCAAUUCUCAAACUAUUGUCACUUCGCCGCCUUUUAAUAAUUGCAUAUAUUAUAUUCAUCAUUAUCUGUUCACUUGAA